AUGCUAAGAUCAUUGCUUGUCUCCUGGUCGAAAGCUUGGCAACCGGGGAAGGGGUGCAGAUUCAUCUGGAAUGUGGCUUACAUGGUCGAAAGCGGUGCUGAUGAUGCAGCUGCGACAAACUCGACGAAUAAUCGUAGUGAUGUCUGCGUCGCGGUCUCUCGUUGCUCGGCCAGCGCCCGUGCCAUGCCCCGACAGAGAGCGUACCCGACGUGUACCAGCCUGCGUCUCCCUCCGGCCGACCUGGUCAGCUCACUUCGCCAGUCAGCGUCCGCACUUAGUCCUGCACAGCUCGCUAGCUUGAGCAUUCCGUCUUCAUUUGUCCACUCACCGCAUACUUCAUUCAAACUCACAUUCUCUCGCCCUGAUGCGAUCAUCUCCUAUCGCGUUCCUGCUGCGAUCUCGCUGUCAUGCUUUUUUCUCCUCAUGCGUUAA